AUGGCGACUACGGAUAUAUUUUCCAAAUCGGCUUCGGAUCAGAUAUCCGAGGCUCUGGCUGAAGACAAGCAAGGCUUGGAAACGAAGGAAGUCUCAAUCUCUGAGUCUCACGAUGGAAAAAGACCGCCUCCUUUCAAGGCCCGUCUGUUCGCCGUGGCCCUGAUCGCAUGUAUCAGCUUUGGUUCGCACUGGAGUUCUGGUGUCACUAGUGCCAUGAAGAGCACAAUUAAAAAGAAAAUGAAUAUCGACAAUGUCCAAUUCGCGCUGCUCGAAGCAAGUGAAGACUUUAUGGCUACUGUCCUGCUCCUGCCCAGCGGUUUACUUACCGACCGCGUUGGGGGUGCUGAAAUGAUCGUUUACGGAAAUAUUAUCUAUACCAUCGGGUCUAUACUGGUCGCAGCUGCGGCAACUGUGCGAUCCUUCAACUUCAUGAUUGGAGGUAGGAUUAUUUUGGCUUUCGGUGAUAUUGCUACGCAGAUUGCGCAAUACAAGAUGUUCUCAUCUUGGUUUGCUCCGAGCAAUGGCUUCGCAUCAACUCUGGGCUUUGAGUUGGCUAUUGGCAAAGUCGGUGGGUUUAUUGGCAAGUCUACUGCGAACAUCAUCGCCACGAAUACUGGAAAUUUCGCCUGGUCGUUCUGGACUUCGGUGUUCAUGAACCUCUUUACCAAUGCAGCAACUGUGGUGUUCUGGUUCUUCAGUAAAUAUAGCGAUCGACACUUCAGCGGGCGCCGCGACAACGCGACAAAUGAACAGCUCACGGAGAAAAACAAAAAUUUCGAGUUACAAAAGGUAUUCGAACUUCCAUGGAUGUUUUGGGCGGUAUUGGCCUUCUCGCUUUUCCAGACCAGCACUGCUUCGGCUUUCAGCACAAAUGUCACCGAACUAGCCGAGCAACGGUUCGAUGUGAGCUCCAUCGAUGCCGGUUGGUAUAGUUCAUUGUCGCAGUACGCGGGUUGCAUUCUAGUCCCAAUCUUGGGUGUAUUCAUCGAUGUGCUUGGACACAGAGCAUCCGUCAUGUUUAUUUGCGGACUUGGAAUGCUCCUUAGCAUGGCCCUUCUCAACUUCACCCCGUCCAAGGCUGGCACUGGAGCAUCUUUCGGCAUCUAUGCGAUUGCCAUGUCAUUCGGCCCAACAUCCAUCAUCGACAGUAUCCGCACGACUCUCUGGAAUCAAUCUGUGUUCGGAUCGGCCUAUUCCCUCAAGGUCACCAUGAAUAACGCCAUGAGCAUCAUUCUUCGAAUAAUCACAGGUGCUUUGCAAGAUGCCGAUGACAACUCUUACGACCGCGUUGUGCAGGUGUACCUCUUCAUGGCUGCCGGGUCACUCGUUGUCGGUAGCGCCCUCCUGAUCGGGUCAAACGUGAGCAAGUACCUGGCGCCGCUCCAGUGGACUCGAAAAAAGAGACUAACGUCGGGGGCCGAGAUCAUCCAAGCAAACAAGGAGCGCGCCCUUGUGACGCAUGCCCAACGAACACGAGCAAUUUCAAUCGGCUGUUUUGGAGCGCUGCUGUUAGUGACGGUGGGCGGAUGGGUGGCGUAUAUUUGGGGCGCCAUCACCGGCCAUAAUUCUUAG